GACUGCCUAAUGAUUUCUGAUUCUGCCGUGUUUUUAAUCGGUUGGUCUAUCUUUAUUUUAGUCGCCGUUCAUCAUCAGUCUAUUAUUUUCCAUCUUUUGAGUUGCUUUGGCUCUUUUCUUUUUCUUCUUCGUCACUCGUUUUCUCUCCCUUCAAAGAGAAAAGAAACCUCGUGGCCCUGUCAUCCGCUUUUUUUUAUCCGGUCCCUGGGGAGAUUAAUUGCCGUUUCAGCAUUUGUCCUGCGACCGGGGCGACUUGCCGAUUGACUAUCUAUCAACUUGCAUCACGAUUUCUUGCUUUGGACUGUCUAUCUAUCUGCUUCUUAGUUCUUUUGAGGACAAGAUAGACUCAGGUUGCGCAUCUUCCCGCUCUGAUCGACCGAAACCCCCUUAACGGGGCUGUUCAUCCAAUAUGGCAGCCAACAACUAUUACCACUCAUCCAGCCCUUACAAUCAUCCUCCCAGCUACGAUGAUCUUCCUCCUCGAUCUCCCGACCCAUUCCACCGACCGCCUACAAGCCCUAGUUACACAGGAUCCGGCCCUUAUUCCCAUGCAGGCGCCGCCGACGACGACUUCCACCAACCCCAACACAGUCAUCAAACACUAGGCUCAGACAACGAGGCAUACCCGACCGGUGGAAGAGCGAACGACAGUGAUCACUAUUCAGAGAAUAUUCCUUUGAAAUCGCAUAAUCAGUACCCGAACGCACCUCCGCCGGACUGGAUGCAGCAACCCACUCAUUAUCCUCCACCAGAGACGAUGGAGGCAGCACCACUCGGCCCGAGGGGUCGGAAACAGAAGAAGAAAUUUUUCAACAGGAAGAUGCCGUGGGUGACAUAUCUUCUGACGACAGUCCAGAUCAUUGUCUUCAUUGUCGAGUUGGUCAAGAGCGCUCAACUGACAGGAAGCCCAAUCGAAAUCCAUCCCUCAUUCAACCCGAUGAUCGGCCCUUCGCCAUGGGUUCAAAUCAAUAUGGGAGCACGCUAUACGCCGUGCAUGAAGAAUGUCAACGGAGUACAAAAUAAUAAAGAAGCUGCUGUCCAAUUCGGCUGCCCUAACACAACAACCAGUGCCACAGACUGCACCCUAUCCCAACUGUGUGGCUUCAGUGGAGUCCCCAAUCCUCAUGCCGGAGGAUCUCUCGACGAUCGCCCUGAGCCCAAUCAGUGGUACCGGUUCAUUAUCCCCAUGUUCCUCCACAGCGGAUUUAUUCACAUCGGGUUCAACAUGCUCGCACAGAUGACGAUGGGUUGUGAUCUGGAGAAGUUGAUCGGCUGGUGGCGGUACUCUUUGGUCUAUUUUGCCAGUGGAAUCUUUGGCUUUGUGCUCGGUGGAAACUAUUCCGCCCAGGGCCUCGCCGUCACUGGAUGCUCGGGAUGUCUAUUCGGCGUAAUGGCGGUUUUCUUAUUGGAUCUCUUCUACACUUGGAGAGAUCGGCCAUCACCGUGGGUUGAGCUGGUCAUCAUGAUCGUUGGAGUUGGCAUCUCUUUUGUCCUAGGCCUGCUGCCGGGUCUUGACAAUUUCGCACACAUUGGUGGCUUCAUCAUGGGUCUUGCUCUCGGACUGUGUCUCUUGCGCUCUCCCAAUGCUCUGCGUGAGCGUAUCGGUCUGGCCCGUAACCCGUACGUGGCCAUGAGCGGUGGUGCUGGAGGCAAUCCGGAAGAAGAUACCAAGACAAACCAGCCGAGUCCAAGCAUUGUUGACUAUUUCAAGGGUCGACGGGGACUCAAUUCUGAUUCCCAGGAACCCUCGGGCCCGUUGGGUUUCUUCAAGGGCCGCAAGCCCUUGUGGUGGGCAUGGUGGUUGGUGAGACUUGGGGCCUUGGUCGCUGUGGUCGUUGGCUUCAUCUUGCUCAUUGUGAACUUUUAUAAGUACUACGAGUCGAAUUGCUCGUGGUGUUACAGAUUAAGUUGCUUGCCGAUCAAAGACUGGUGCUCGCAGGGCGAAUUGAAGAUCGAGUCCAAGUCCAGCUAAGCUUUCUUUGUCGACUUUAGUCAUUGGAUACCUAACGAAUUUCAUCACUUGUUUUGCAAAUUGUUUUGAAUAAUCUAUGGUUUGGGACCAUCCUGCAACGUAUUUUGAGCGGCGUUGAAAAAAAAAAUAUGCCAAUAGGCUGUUAUAUAGACACUUCCUGCAUCUAAAUCCUGAUAAUGUCUAUAACUCAUGACAGUCAUGCAUUUGCUCUUAUGCUGGCCCUGGUAGUUAGUUAUGCAUGCAUAAGUCUGUAAAUCCGCUGCUAUUUAUAUAGUGGCUGUGCAGAUCGUGACGGCGUAAUUACAAUAAUACACUCCACGUAUCCGUCGUAAUCGUCGCUGAUCGCUCUCUCUUUCUCUAGCAAAACCAACAAUCC